AUGGGGCCAUUCCCAAAUUCUAAUGGUUUUCUCUACAUUCUACUAGCCGUCGAUUAUGUGUCCAAAUGGGUGGAAGCGAUACCCACCCGGACGGACGAUGCUAAUGUAGUUCUCUCUUUUGUGAGGAAUAAUAUAAUUUGUCACUUUGGGUCACCGCAAGCAAUCGUGAGUGACCAAGGUUCACACUUUUACAACAAAAGAAUGGAAGGGCUCAUGAAGAAAUACGGCAUCAUACAUAAAGUUACCAUGGCCUAUCACCUCCGAACGAAUGGCCAAGCCGAGGUUUCCAAUCAGGAAAUCAAGCAUGUAUUGGAAAGGAUUGUGAAGCCUAGUAGAAAAGAUUGGCGUGCCAAGCUUACUAACGCACUUUGGGCAUACCGAACGGCAUACAAGACGCCGAUUGGCAUGAGUCCCUUUCGGUUGGUGUAUGGUAAAGCUUGCCACUUACCGGUAAAAAUUGAACACAAAGCAUAUUGGGCCAUCAAGGAAUGCAAUCUAAGUUUGGGUGGGGCCGGAGUUGAGAGAAAGCUUCAAUUGGUGGAAUUAGAAUGUUUGAGAUUAGAGGCCUAUGACAACUCUAGGCUUUACAAAGAGAAGAUGAAAGCCAUCCAUGAUAAGAACAUUAGGAGAAGGGAAUUUAGGCCCGGUGAACUAGUCCUCCUUUACAACUCAAGGUUGAGAUUGUUGCCCAGAAAGCUAAGAUCGAGAUGGGAGGGACCCUAUCAAAUAGAGAAAGCAGAACCUUAUGGAGUUUACCAUUUGCGCCAUCCCUCAAGUCCGGACAUUUUCAAGGUAAAUGGCCACCGUCUCAAAUUGUAUCAUGGUGAGCAAAACAAGAGCAACAAGGAGAUUGAGGUAUUCCUUUUGGAAGAUAUACCUCUUGACAAAGAGCAUUAA